AUGUUUUCAAGAAGCACACUGCUUUCUACAAUAAAGGAUGUGGUGAAGCAAGGUGGAUCAACUGCACCGGCGCUUUCGCCGAUUGUUACUCGGUCUUUGUAUCGAAGCCUAUUCCGUGAGGUUUCCAGACUAGACGCCGAUCCCUUGGCGAAGAUCCUGUUCCCAUGCACACCAGAUCUGCAGGAGUGGAUCGGCCUGUCGCGGAUGUUGUACGUCCCAAACAGUAAAUCAUAUGUAGAGGCUCUUCGACACGCUUUUCGGGAUUUAAGCCGGGCCCCGAACAUCAACCUUGCUUUUAGCACCCUAAACCGAUUGCGUGUCCACCAAGAGAACGUGAAGAGCAAGCUGCCGCUCAUCUUGAAAGACAGAAAAUCUGUUCUUGAAUCACUUGCAAAGGAAGCCCCUAAACAGAAGAAGUUGUUUAGGGCUGAGCCACUGAUAAAAACGGACGAAGUCUGCAGUGCAGCGUGUUAUGUCCCGGCAAAGCCUAACGCUCCAGGACGCGUCGUUUUGCGGGCGCAGCCGGAGAUGGAACUCAAAGAGGGCACCGUACUCGUAGCCCACCCGCUGUCCUCCACACACAUAGAUCGACGCGUAUUGAUGAUCACAGAGCGAACGCCGUUCAUGACCAGCGGCGUGGUGCUCGACCUUCAGUACGGCUUUCCACUCUCAAAGGGAAACACGAUGUUCCCGGAGGUUUUUUGGGGGCACGACGUAUACGACGGGGGAUUUCAUCAGAUUGGCUUCACAAUGCCGCCGACUGCGCAGAUUGUCCUUUUGCACACCUUAGAGCCUCCCAAGGAACCAUCAGAGGACACUGCUUCGUCCAGAGGAAGUUGGCUCUCGUGGCGGCAGUCGUCUGUCCCUGCGGAGAAGCAACUUGCAUUGAAGCGGCAGCAUGAAGUAUUUUGCCGCCCCCUUAUCCAUGGUAGCGUUCUCGACAACGGUGAGAAGGAACCCACUCUAUAUAUCUCCAAGGCCGAGGCACUGCCCUAUCUGGCAGAGAUCGCGGCUGGGCAGCCACGCUCGGCCCUGCGAAUUUACUGGGGAAAUAUGCGCUGGCCCACAGGGCAAGUCGAGGCCGAGGUCAGCAAUGGACAUUGGAUACCUGUAAAGGUGUCGCCGUCGUUCUUUCGUUCCUACGAACUUUCGACCAGCACCGCGCCGCCGGAGCGCCUUCCGAGCGGGGAGGAGCUGCGGGAGGCAAGGCGCCUUCGGGAGAAGCGUUACGGUGCUGAUAUCACUUUUCCACAGGUGUUUCCCGCGGAACAGGUUGUGCGGCAGCGAGAAUUUCUGUGGGACGAAAUCAUGUAUGCACUUGGCGAGGAGUAUGCGGCGCUAGUCGGCAUAUUAAACCCAUUUGUAAUGGGUAGUGCAAGCCGCAGCUUUCCACGCAUCGUGUCGUUGCUGCCGACGAGUCCAGCGCGACGACAUUCAUCCGCGAGUGCUCAUGAAACACUGGAGCCCACGUUUGAUGAUGUUGACGACGACCUUAACGUAAGUCCUUUUGCGCUUCAAGAUGGGGAUGAUUCGAGUUUCCAGACGAAGCCUCAUGCAGAGGCUCCUAAAGCCUCAUCCAGUGGAAAGAAAAAGACCCAAGAUAGUUCUCUCCCUCCGUAUGACAAGAAAGACAAGGACAAGGAUUGA